AUGAAUUGGAUAAUAGAGAUCGAGAAGAUCUUCAAUGCGAUGGAGUGUCCCCUCGCUCAGAAGGACAACUUCAAGAGGGUCUUCCUUGAGAAGUAUUUUCGGGAUGAUGUGAGGAGUCAAAAGGAAGUGGAAUUCCUUGAGCUGGUGCAAGGGAAUGAUCGAGUGGCAGAGUAUGCUGCCAAAUUUGAUGCUUUGGUUCGCUAUUAUACUCACUACCAUGGUGAGGGUGGUGAAAGGGCUAAGUGCAUUAAGUUCGGGAAUGGCCUUCGUCCUGAGGUAAAGAAAGCAAUCAAUUAUCAAGAGAUUUAUCACUACCCAACGCUUAUCAACAAGUGUAGAAUCUAUGAUCGUGACAACCGUGCACGUGCCACUUUCUACAAGGGAGCUGGAGGUCCUAUGCGUGCUGUAAGUUCUGGUGCUUCAAGAAGCAAGCCUUAUGUUGGAAGAUCUGUGGUGAGUGGCAUAGGGUGUGUUGGAGGCUUUAUUUCUACUCCCACAGAUCGAUGCAAGAAGUGUGGGCGACAUGGUCACACUAGCUAUGAAUGUCUUGACAAGGAGGUCACAUGUUUCAAUUAUAGAGGAAAUGGUCACAUCAGCACCAGUGUCUUGAACCGCCAAGACCACGUGUUACUGGAUCGGAUGUCCAAAUUGAGCGUCCAAAGGCUGUAG